AUGACCAUUACGUUGCAGGAUGUUGCGGCUAUAUUGGGAUUGCCGACUGAUGGGAAAGUGGUUACGGGUGCUACAUCCAUGGACUGGCGAGUUCUGUGCGGAGAGGUGCUUGGUCACGCCCCGCUCGUUUCAGAGCAGCCGUACGGGGAUGUCAAGCUCGCAUAUUUAGACAGACAUUAUGCACAUUGGGCUGCCGUUGCUGCGGAUCCACAACAGGUUUUAUAUUUUACUAAGGCACACAUUACGCGUAUGUUGGGAUCAUGGCUUCUAUGCGACAAAUCUGGAGGUAGCAUCGUCGGAUGUCGCUACAUUGCGUUGCUUGCAGGAAGUUUCGAUGACAUUGGUGAUUGGACUAUACAGUUUAAUGGUUUAGCCCGCUUUAAACCACAGCAUCAGCUUCUAUAUCGGGGGACUCUAGACACGUUGACUAGGGACGAGGUUGUUUGGCAGCCGUACGGAGACUAUCAUUUCUUGGACAUACCUGCAGAUGAGCGAUAUCUUUGGUUGGCUAGGACACCGAUCAUAUGUUUUCAUCAUGUUGAGCGGUGCCAACCAGAUAGAUGCUUGAGACAGUUUGGUUUAGACCAGUCGAUCCCUUUGAGGCCUAGAAAGCUCAAAGGAGUUCAUGAUCACACGCUUUGA